AUGGAGGACGUGCUCGACGCCGACAUCUUGGACGUGUGCUUGGCCAACGACGACGAUAGCUUCUUCAACGACGUACUGCGCACGCUGCAGACCGGUGACGCCAAUGAGACGACGACCGAUGCGUCGUCGCCCGACCACGACGCGCCGGCGCCACGAACCAAGAAGCGGCAGCGGACGUCGCUACGGGACGAGAUCCUGCACCUUCGCGCCAAGCACGACGCGCUGACUGCGCAGCUCGAUGCGCUCGUGGCCAAAAGCGCGGCCGUAUCCACAGCGUCGUCGCCGUCCUUCUGGGCGGGUCGGGCCAAGAAUCAGGCGGUCGCUGCCCAGGAGACGCUGCAUGAAAACGCCCGUCUCCAAGAGCUCCUCCGCGACCAGCUCAGGACGAUUGCGACGCUUCAGCGCGCCUUUGCUCGCAAGCCAAAGCUCUGCGACUUUCCGUGUGUUGCGCCCUGGAAGAUGGCGUCGCUUGGCACCACCGGUCGGCGCGAGGCCAAGGCCAAGCUGCUCCAGCACCAACGCACGCAGCUCGAGACCGAGUGGAUUCGCCAUCGCCUUGACGAGUACCACGCGCGCUGCGACAGCGUGCAGACGCACUACGCGCAGUCGGUGGGCGACGCCUUGUACGUACACUUUGUGGAGUGCCACAGCUGGAGCUUGGACGUCGACGCGGUCGCCGGUGUCGUGUGGGGUCUCCUGACGCGGCAGCUGACCCGCGAGCCGCAGAUCUACGUGACGAGCGAGGCCGAGGUGGACGACGACAACACGACGUACUUUCGCUUUGCUGCGCGGAUCCUCGGGCCGUCGCUGCCGCUGGUCGAUGGCCGCCUCCUCGCCGGGCGCUUUGUCGAAGCCGACCGCGUCGUCUUUGUGACGCGCUCCAUUCUGGACGAUGCGCUGUACCCGACCGACCCGUCUCACUUUGUCGACAACCAAUGUGGCUGGAUUGUCGUCCAGCGCGUCGACGACGCGACGACGCGACUGACGUCGUACGCUCGGUUUACGCCCCCGAUGGUGUCACCUGACAGCACGAUCACCGACUUUUCGCCUGGCAUGUACACGGACUGCGUGCUGCAGCUCGUGGAAAAGUGCGGCGUCUCACUGCACGACAUGGUGCAGAGCGUUCUCGACGAUGCGCAGUAA